AUGAAUGCAAUUAAAAAAGAAUUAAAGAAUUUAAUUUUGUGCAGAAAAUGGGUACAUAAUAUAAGAUAUAUAGGAAGCAAUAAAAAUAUAGAACAGUGUUUGGAUGGAAUGAAAGCAAAAGGAAAUAGUGUAAAUAUAUUAAGCCUUGUAAUAAGUAAUAAUAAUUUGUGUUAUUGCUUGUUAAAAAAUAAAAAUAUAAAAAAGAUAGGUCUGAUAAAUAUAAAAAAAGAUAGUUAUUCAUAUGAUUCAAAUUUGUUAAGUUCAAAAAAAGAAAAAAAAAACAAUAGAGAAAAUAAUAAUUUAAAUUAUAAUUAUGACAAAGAAGAAAGCCCUUUAAGUUUUAACAUUAAAGAAAUUUUAACAGUUUUGAAUUUUAUUAAAUUAUAUUCAAACAAACAAGAUGAUUCAAAUAAAGAAUAUGCUCAAAGACAAAAUGAAAUGGAUAUUUCAAACACACAAAACGAACAUAAUAUAUUAAAAAAUGAUAAAUCUGAAAUUCAUCAAAAGGGAAAUAAAAAUGUGGAAGAAAAAAAAUGUGAUAAUGGAAAUCAGACAAGUAAGAAUAACAAUACUGAACAAUGGGUUAUAGGUAUUGAAAAAAUAAAUGAAAAAUAUGAAAAAAAUAAAAUAAAAGAAAAAAUAAUGUCUAUUAUUGUUUAUUUUUUACAAUCUAUUUUUAAAUGUAAAAUAGUUUUUUUAUGUCCAAAAGAAGCCAGAAAAUAUUUUAGCAUAAAAUGUAACCAUAAUUUAAAUAAUCGAGAAGAAACAUAUACAUUUAUAAAAAAUAAAAUAAAAAAUUUUCCAAGUAUAGAAAAUAAUAAUAAUAGUAAUAUAAAUUUUUUAUUUAGUGAUGCAUAUGUUAUAUCAUUUUACACAUAUAGAUAUUAUAUGCAUGAUAUUAUAAAAAAUAAUAGACUAAUUUUUAAUUAUUUAGAAAAAGAAGUUAAAAGAAAUAAAAGCUUCAAUCAUAUUUUGCAAACAUUAAAAAGAACUCAAAAUGAACAAAAUAAAAUGGAUUUAACUGAUUUGCUAAAAAACAAAAUUAAUAGAAUAGUUGAAAAUGAGGCAUACAAGCUUGUUGACAAAUAUUUCAUCUAG